AUGCGCUUCCUCCAGUCCCUCUUGGCCGCGACCUCGUUCCUGGCGGCCGGUUCUCUCGCUGCUAAGAAGACCACCGAGGAGCGCUUCAACGAAUUCCAUACCAAGGCCCUCUCCUCCUCUCCGAUCAAGCUCGCCGACACCAGCUACAAGUCCUUGACCGCCACCCCCCGCGACUACACCGUUGCCGUCCUCCUGACGGCUCUCGAGUCUCGCUUCGGCUGCCAGCUUUGCAGAGAGUUCCAGCCGGAAUGGGAUCUUCUCGGCAAGUCCUGGACCAAGGGCGAUAAGAAGGGCGAGUCCCGCUUGAUUUUCGGCACUCUGGACUUCUCUGACGGUCGUGAGGUCUUCAUGUCGCUCGGCCUCCAAACCGCUCCCGUCCUCCUCCUGUUCCAGCCCACCGUCGGCCCUCACGCUGUCCCUGCCCAGGAGCCUUUGCAAUACGAUUUCACCAGCGGACCUCAGUCUGCCGAUCAAGUCCACGCAUGGCUCUCGCGACACCUGGCUGACCGGCCUCACCCUCCGGUCAAGCGUCCUAUCAACUGGAUGCGCUGGAUCUCUUCCAUCACCAUCAUUCUUGGUCUGGGCACGGUCGUCGUCACUGCCUCGCCUUACAUUUUGCCCAUCAUCCAGAACCGCAAUCUCUGGGCCGCCGUCAGCCUCAUUGCCAUCCUUCUCUUCACCAGCGGACACAUGUUCAACCACAUUCGCAAGGUUCCCUAUGUUGCCGGAGAUGGCCGCGGCGGUAUCAGCUACUUUGCCGGUGGCUUCCAGAACCAAUUUGGCUUGGAGACCCAGAUCGUGGCUGCCAUUUAUGGUGUCUUGGCUUUCUGUGCCAUCUCUCUUACCGUCAAGGUUCCUCGUAUUGGCGACUCAAAGACGCAGCAGGUUGCUGUGCUGGCUUGGGGCGGUGUUUUGUUCCUCAUGUACAGCUUCCUCCUCAGCGUCUUCCGCAUCAAGAACGGCGGCUACCCCUUCUCUCUUCCUCCUUUCAUGUAA